AUGUCAUACUCAAUGGCUUUGUUCGGGGAUCUUCCGAACAUCCUUUCGAUAAAGGAUACGGUUAAGGAAUUUUUGUGCAACUUUUCCUAUUGUCGUAAAGAUUUUGUGACACUCCUUGAAGAACUCAAGGGCAUGACUCCUACGUUACGAUAUGCAUCCAUUAAUUAUGAUCGCUAUGAAAGAGUGCUGCCUAGGACCCCUUUCAUUUUAGGAAAUAUCCGAAGUUCAUGCGACUUUGGAGAGGUACUAGUGGAAUUGGUCUUGUCUCCCAAGAUUUUAGUCAAGAAGCUGGAAGUGUUUGAGAUCCGUGAAGCAAGACUCACAGUGCAGAAGAUAAAGGCGGUCAAGUCUCUAUCGGAAAUUAUGUUGUUGCUCAAUGGUGAUGGUGCGAUAUUGGAGAAGAUUUCAUUAAAAAGAAAAGAGAUAUCUGAGAAGAUCUCGGAGUGCAUGAAGUCCAUUUGUGAAGGUGAAAUAGGGCUUCAAGAUGUUUUGGAGGAAGCAAGUUGGGCGGAUCUCGUUGCCUUGCUGUCCAAGUAG